AUGGCGACCAACAGAUUGCAAUACCGCCGACGGAACCCGUACAACACGCGGUCCAACAAGGUCCGCGUCGUCAAGACUCCCGGCGGCGAGCUGCGAUACCUUCACAUCAAGAAGAAGGGUACUGCCCCGAAGUGCGGUGACUGUGGCAUCAAGCUCCCUGGUGUCCCUGCCCUCCGCCCCCGUGAGUACGCUCAGGUCUCUCGUCCCAAGAAGAACGUCUCGCGUGCCUACGGUGGUUCCCGCUGCGCCAACUGCGUCAAGGACCGCAUCGUCCGUGCCUUCCUGAUCGAGGAGCAGAAGAUCGUCAAGAAGGUCCUCAAGGAGUCUCAGGAGAAGGCCGCCAGCGCUGCCAAGAAGCGCUAA